UUCAAUCGUAUCCUAAGGUUACAUUUACAUUAUCUGUGGUUUGACAUUUCAUCCCACUGACGUGUAGUGCUGAGAGCUCGCGUUUUGAAAAUAUUUUUUAUUGGUAACGUGGAAAAUUCAUGUCAGUUUAUGAAUUGAAAUAGAAAUAUUGAUUUCACUAAAGACAACAAAAAAGCGGUUCUGCUAUAUUCAUUCAUAACUGUGUGUGAAAAUUAAGGCCAUUCGAGCUUUAAUCAUGUCCGUAACUAAAAGAAAGAAUGUGCCGGAAAAGGAAGAAUUGAUUGAAAACGGUGCUGCACCUAUGCACACAGGACAAAGUAACAUAAAAGGAGAUGAACUCAAUAUCGCCGUAUUAUUAUUUCUGUACACUUUGCAAGGUAUUCCUCUCGGCCUCGCUGGAGCUGUGCCUAUGCUCUUACAAAAUCGGGGAAUCACCUAUACACAGCAGGCAGAAUUCAGCUUUGUAAAUUGGCCCUUCAGUGUCAAAUUAUUGUGGGCUCCAAUAAUUGAUGCACUAUUUUGGCCAAAAUUCGGCCGACGCAAGACUUGGCUGGUGCCCGUGCAGUACCUCAUUGGCAUUGUCAUGAUCAUCAUGUCCAGCAGCAUCACAGACUGGCUAGGGUCUGAUGAAAAAGCUCCGAACAUGAUGUUUCUCACUGUCACAUUUUUAUUUUUGAACUUUUUAGCAGCAACUCAAGAUAUAGCAGUUGACGGUUGGGCUCUGACUAUGUUAAAAAGAUGCAAUGUAGGCCACGCCUCAACCUGUAACACAGUUGGGCAAACCGCAGGCUUCUUCCUCGGUUACGUCCUAUUCCUAGCCCUAGAAUCUCCAUACUUCUGCAACAAGUAUCUCAGAAUUGUCCCAGAAGACGUUGGCCUCGUCACUUUAGCCAGUUUCCUAUUUUUCUGGGGUUGGAUCUUCAUUGUUUCCACUACGCUAAUAGCAGUCUUCAAACAUGAGGCUAAAGAAAUGGAUCACAAGGAGAAUGAUACUAAAGGAAUGAGUGACAUUGUUGAUGCCUACAAACAAUUGUAUACUAUUGUGAAAUUGCCUGCCGUUCGGACUUUAGCGUUAGUGCUAUUCACAGCCAAGCUUGGUUUUUGUGCCAGUGACGCAGUUUCCGGUCUCAAAUUAGUAGAGGCUGGUGUGCCGAGAGAAGACAUGGCGUUAUUGGCCGUGCCGCUAGUCCCAGUUCAAAUUAUACUACCUGUGUUACUAGCUCGCUACACGACGGGACCCGCGCCGCUCUCUCUAUGGCUUCACGCGUUCCCGUUCCGACUGUUAGUGGGUCCGCUAGCCGCAGGUUUAGUGGCCCUAACCCCUUCACUGCUCGGGGACUCCGGGCCUUCUUACUCGUACCUUUUGGUAUUGAUGGCUUUGUACGUCUUUCACCAGACAUGCCUCUACUGCAUGUUUGUAGCAGUGAUGGCUUUCUUCGCCAAAGUGUCAGACCCGGCCGUCGGCGGCACUUACAUGACGUUACUCAACACUGUAUCCAACUUGGGGACCAACUGGCCUAACACUUUAGCCCUGUGGGCUAUAGACCAUUUGACUUACAAAAGCUGUUCGCUGCCAGAGAUGAGCGACAAUACGUGCUCUUCGAAGCUUGAAAGUGAUUUGUGUAAAAACGCCGGAGGCACCUGCCUCACCCGCAUCGACGGGUUCUACAUAGAGACGGCCAUCUGCCUCGCCGUGGGCUACCUGUGGCUGCAGUGGGGCCGCCCCACCAUCAACAGGCUGCAGCGCCGGCCCGCCUCGGCGUGGCAAGUCAGCACGUUAAGAUAAGACUGUUUUAUUAUAACCUCUUGCCCCACAAGAUUAAUUGCCAGUGAAAUUUGAAUCUUAUGUAAGGUCAGCCAGGGCUAUUGCAACUGUGGGGUAAUUGCAACUAUGGGACAGUUGCAACUAUGGGGCAAAUGCACUCUUAAGAAGUGAGUAAUAAUGAAAAUUAUAAUGACUGAUGAAAGCAUGUCAUGAAUACAAGAGGCUAGCUCAUUACUUCUUGUAUUUUUAGAGUAAAUAGUUGCAUUGGUCCCAUGGUUGCAAUUGCCCUGGGUGACCUUAAUCAGAAUAGAGUAAAAAUUUGCUUUGUGGUAAAGUCGAACGGAAACAAAUGCACUGUUCCACUUAAAGUGAUUCAAAUUUUCAUUUGUACCAGGGUAAUUUGUACUAAUAUUAGGACCGUGGGUCGCUAGAGAAUAAUCUAGGUCUUAAACUAGGAAUAUGUUUAGUAUUUUUUGGUGAUCAGAGGCAGGUAAUGAAUUUGUAUUUCAAUAAUUUAAUUUGUCACACAUUUGUUGUUUGUAACACUUUCACCAUCUGGGCUAUCAAAAUCGCUGCCAACUUAGCUUGGUCUCACUUUACAGUAGUUACAGUACCAGGAAUAGAUCAUAGAAUACUCGGAUGUGGUAAACGCAAUACGUUUUGACCGUUUUGUGGUGCUGAUUUUCAAGUUUUAGUGCUUGACACCUACAUAGUGUAUAACCCUAUUUACAUUGAACUUCAUUAGUUUCAUUACAUUACAUUCAAACAGUCAUACAGCGCCAUCUUGCUGCCCCCUGUUGUCAAGUAGAUACACAAUAACACUAUUCCUUUCAAGUACAUAAAUAUAUAAUGAUGAUUAGAAUGACUAUUAUUUUUUGUAUCGUGUAUAAAUUUUAUCAUUUAUGCUCUUCCGAAUAAUUAGUUAGUGUACGGAAACUCGGAAAGGCAUAUCCAUAUUAUUCUAAGGUCAGUCAGACAUGGACCUUAUUUUUAGGUGCAUAGAGUGCUGAAUUGUUUUGAAACUUAUUUAUACAAGGAUGUAUUCAUUUUUAGCAGCACUUGCUCCAAAGUCUAAGCGCAAAAAAUAAACUCGCAAUCAUCUAUUAUUUUAAUAUAAGUGUUAGGUAAUGUUGACGUAAUAUUAUUUAUUUUAAUUAGUUAAUUUUAUUCUCAACAUAAUUAUGUUGUUAAAAAUAUUACUAUCUGCGUGCUAACGUUUUUCGUAGAUACAAUUAUUAUGAUGUAAAUUUAAAGUCUUGUUUGGGUUAUGGUUGUGAUAUAUAUAUUUAUUAAGUCUCGUCCCUUAGUACCAUUUAUAACCCAACAGUACAGUUUAUGCUAUAUCUUUCUAAACUACAUUUUUUUCUUAUGAGCAGGUUCCCUUGUGUAUAAUAUACCUCUUAUUUUAUUUUUAAGUAUUAUUGUUGAAUAUUUGAAAAAUAGUUUAAGUUUGCGUUAUUACUGUACAAAUAAAAUAAUCAUUCCAGCGACUCAAUGAAAUAUCCACAACUUGUGGUGGAUUUGAAUUUUAAAUAACUUUGUGAUGAUUCAACAGUUGUAGAGUUAUUAUAGACUAAAUAAAAUACUAAGAUAACAUUUGUGAA